GGUUGUGUUAAAAGCGAAAAAACGGUGACAAAGUUUUAAACCAAAAUGAGUGAUAACUUGGAAGUGGAAGUAAUCUACUUCUAUCCAACGGAAAAUUCAAAAUCUCAUAAAACAGACAAGUUUGAAUUAAUAUAUGACGAAGAAAAUCCAAUUCCCAUUUUCAGACGUGGAAUUAAAUUCACACUUGCGUUGAGAUUCAAAAAAAACAAGUCGUUCGAUCCACAAAGGGACCAGUUGCGUUUAAUUUUUAAUUUUGGACCUAAGCCAAACGUGAUAAAGGGCACUCGUGGUUUGAUAAAAAUAACGAAAGAGAGAACCCCAAUUAACGAUUUCAAAUUUUGGGGUGCAAAUAUCUUGGACUCUUCUUCCGACUUGAUUUUAGAAGUUUGGGCCCCUACUAGUGCUCCGGUCGGCGUAUGGGGACUUCAAGUUGAAUCUAGUAUUGCAAAUGCAACAACUCCACCAACUGUCUAUAACCACGAAAGUGAUUUUUAUAUUUUAUUCAAUCCCUGGAAUUGUCACGACCUCGUCUACAUGCCAGAAGAACGGCUCCUUGAUGAGUACGUCUUGACCGACGUUGGUAAAAUAUGGGUGGGUCCAUAUGGGUCCAGCCGUGGUCGCGAAUGGGUUUUUGGCCAGUUUGACGCUUGUGUCCUCCCUGCAGCCAUGCUAAUGUUUGAAAAAUCCGACUUACCUCCAGCUAGCCGCGGAGAUCCAAUCAAAGUCAGUAGAAUGAUCUCAAAACUGGUCAAUAGUAACGAUGAUGAUGGGGUUUUGGUCGGUCGUUGGGACGGAGAGUACGACGAUGGGACAGCACCAUCUGCUUGGACAGGAUCCGUCCAGAUUUUGCAAGAAUUUCUAGACACACAAUCCCCUGUGAACUAUGGGCAAUGUUGGGUGUUUUCUGGUGUUGUUUCCACAGUUUGCCGCGCUUUGGGGAUCCCAUCGAGGGUCGUCUCGAACCUGGUGUCUGCCCAUGACGCCAACGCUUCUCUCACUGUUGACAAAUACUACAACAUGGAUAACGCAGAAAUGGACUACGACCCCAAUAACCCAAUGGGCGAGGAUUCCAUAUGGAAUUUCCACGUGUGGAAUGAUGUCUGGAUGGCACGUCCUGACCUGCCUCAUGGGUAUGGCGGAUGGCAAGCUAUCGAUGCAACACCACAAGAAACCUCCUCUGGGUAUUACCAAUGCGGACCUGCUUCGUUGGAAGCUAUCAAAAAAGGACAAGUUGGGUUCAACUAUGACGUUGCUUUCAUGGUGGCUUCGGUCAAUGCCGAUGUGAUGCGUUGGAAGGAGGAUAAUACCAGAGAACUCGGUUUCGCCAGAAUUUAUUCCAACAAAUAUCAUAUCGGUCGUACAAUUUUGACAAAACAAGCCUUUAUUUUUGACCCGAACGGAGAUCAAGACAGGGAGGACGUUACUUUGCAGUACAAACCUCCUGAAGGAUCAAAAGCUGAACGUUUGUCUUUAUAUAACGCUGUCAGAGGCACCGAACUUGCGAAAAGCUUCUUUGCUUUACCUGAUCCCGGCUUAGAAGACGUCGAGUUUGAUUUGGAAGAAUUAGAAAGAAUCAAGAUUGGCGAAGGCUUUUGUGUCGUCGUUCAUAUGAAAAACAGAAGCGAUAAAGUACGCAAUAUCAAGGCUCUCCUUUCUGCGACCAGUGUCUUUUACAAUGGAGUUAAAGCAAAUCUGAUCAAAAAAGAAGACAUAGAAGUAGUAUUGCAACCAAAAUCGCACGAAACCAUAAGAAUGACCGUCAAAGCAGACGAAUAUUUGGAAAAAUUGGUUGAGUACAGCAAUUUGAAGCUGUAUGCUAUUGCUUCAGUCCAGGAAACGCGCCAAACGUGGACCGAUGAAGACGACUUCGAAGUUUUGAAGCCGAAAAUAGAUAUACGGAUUCCUCCUGAAAUUCCUAUUGGAAAACCGACAUCAGUUACUCUUCGAUUUGUAAACCCAUUAAAGAAGAUUUUGACAAAUUGUAGAUUCAAUCUUUCUGGUCCUACUUUAAUUAGAAAUCAGGUAAUACGCUAUACUGAUGUAAAGCCCGGAGGUUUGGUGAAGAUAAAUGCGGAUAUCACACCAAAGAUUGCUGGUGAACAAAUACUGGUUGCAACCUUUUCUUCUAAACAACUCAUCGAUAUACGAGGAUCUGCUAAAGUAGAAGUGUUGGCAGAUGAAGAGUAACGCUUUUGUGAAGGAUUAUAAACUUUUUAGAUGUAGUUUAGAAAUGCACGCAUGCUUUUUGGCACUUUUUACAGCAAUAAAAUCAUUUUUGAAGAAA